AUGUUUAGCAAUAUCAACUACUCAUCAGCCUAUCAGUCAAGUUAUAUUCAAUAGCAAGAAAAUCUUGAAAGAAAAAAAAUAUCUAUUCUCUAAGAACGAUAAGAUAUAGAAAUGGUUAUUUAUCAAAAAUUGUAAUAGAACAUCUGCUUGAACAUCAUAAAAAUCCUAAGCAUAAACAAUUGUGAAAUUGAGAUUGAAGAUAUCCCAAUGACAUUAUAAUCAUUAAUGAAAAAAAGAUAAGAAAUAUCAUUUGAGUUUUCAAAUCAAGAAAUAAAAUUAAUAAUGGCCUAAAUUAUCAAUGGAUAUUAACAUUUAAGAUCAUUAGGAAUUAUUCAUAGAAAUUUAACUCCAUAAACAAUACUUGUUAAAUAAAUUAAAGGUAGAUCAAUUAUUAAAGUAUUCUAUGAUAAUUUCCUUAGAUAUCAGACUUCAGUGUCUCAAGUUUAUUAAUUAAUACUAAACUAAGAGAAUCAAGAGCUGGAACUCCAGCUUAUUGGGCUCCUGAAAUGAUGUUGCAUCCCUAAAAUGGUUACAGCGAUAAUUGCGAUAUAUUUUCCGUAAUUAUUUACUUAAUUGUUAGUUAGGUAUUAUUUUACACCAAUUAUGUUUUUAAACGAAAAUGCCUUAUAAUUUUAAAGAUAAAUUUGAGCUGGAAUAAUAUUUGAAAAAUUUACAAAUGCAAAAUUUCAAAUGUUAAACAAGCACAUAAGUUGAUAGAUAAAUUCUUGAUUUAAUCGAGAGAAUGAUAGUCUUUGAUCCUCAAAAGAGGGUUAGUUGGGAUGAACUUGCUCAAAUUCCAUUUCUUUAAUAACCUUAUCUUCUAUUAAACGAUCGAUAUCUAAUUGACUUUACUCGAUAAUUGGGAAGUGGUAUGUAAGGAGUGAUAUAUUUAACACUUGACUUAAGUAAAUAGAUUGAAUUAUGUGCAAAGGUCAUUGAAACAAAUUCUUAUGAGGGAAGUUUAGAACUUAAAAUUUAUUAAAAGUUUAAAAAUAUAGAAUUAAAAAAUAUUAUUCAAGUUUUCGAUUUUAUUGAUGAUAAUAAAUAAACGUAUGUUAUUAUGGAAAAAUGUGAUGAAAAUAUUCAAUAAUAUUUUCUAAAAUAGAAAACAAUAAAUAAUGAAGAAAUUCUGGAAUUUUUACGAUAAAUUAUUUGUGGUUAUAUUGAACUACAAAAAUUUAAUAUAAUCCAUAGAGACUUGAAACCAGAAAAUUUAUUGAUAAAGUAUGAAGGUAGAAAUAAAAUUAUAAAAGUAUUUAAAUUUGAUAUUUUAAUUAGAUCAUUGAUUUUGGAGUAAGCAAGAUGAAUUAAACAAAAGGUUUAGCCAAUACUAUUGCAGGAACUCCAAUUUAUUCUGCUCCAGAAGUUCUUGAACCCACCGGAAAGGGUUACACAAAUAAAUGCGAUAUUUAUUCUGUAAAUUAAAAAGCAAUAUUUAGUUAGGGGUUAUGCUUUAUUAUUUUGUCUUUAAGUCACAAUAUUAUAAUGCAUAUUCUUUAGAAGAAUUAAAAUCUUACUAAAAGAAAUUAUAAUAAAAGCCAUUCACUUGUACUUAAAAAUCAAGUAUUAUUUAUUUUACAUUAGUUUUCAAUUAUUUAAUAGAGAAAAUGCUAUUAUAUGAUCCUGAGAAGAGAAUUACUUGGGAAGAAUUAUAAGUUGAGGUGAUGAUUAUCUCAUUAUAACAUAAUUUAAAGAAAAGAGAAUCUGUUUUACUAGAAAGUAUAUCCGCUUCAAUACUCAAAUAUUUAGAUUGUGUUUAAAUUUUUACAUCUAAAUUGGAAUAAGAAUUGAUAUAAUAUUUUUAAACAAAACCCUAUCAUAAAACACAGUAAGCCUUAUAGUUAUUUUAUUUUUUACUAUUGUUCAGUUAAGAAGCAUUGUUGGACUGUCAAACAAUAAUUAAAAAGUAGUGUAUCUAUAUAUAAGAUGAUACUAUAAAGUAAGAAGCAGAUAUUAACUAAAUUGAUGAAGAAAAAUUAUAAGGAUAUAUCGAUAAUCUUUAAACUAUUAUUGAAUCACUUUCGAUCAAAGACGACAAUAUUUUUACCUAAUAACAACAAGAAAUGUAUAAAGAGCUUGAAACGAAGUAAUUAACAUGCUAUGAUGUUCAUUAGUAUUUCAAUUUUAUCUAUAAGAAUUAAUAAAAAAUAUACUCAGACGCAUCUUUGAAUUUGAGAUAUUAUCUAGAAAAAAUGUCAAAUAUUUUUAAGGAUUAUCCAUUACUAAAUAUAAACAACAUCUUAUAUUCAAAAUUAGCAGAAAAGAUCAAGGAUGAAAAUGCACAAAGAUAAUAUUUAGAAGCAAAAAAGAAUUAUUGA